CGAUCGGCAAACCAUGAAACCCUCUUUGAAAAGACUCUACUCUGGCGUGUGUAUAUUUUGGCAGCACAACAUAUGAACAGCAAUUAUAUCACGCGAAUUGUUUAACCCAAAAAACCAUACACUUACUCUCUUUCUUCUUGUCCCUUUAACUCGUUUUUAUUCUUAAUCCCUUUACUUCCUUUCCUUUCCUUUAUUUAGUAUUACUGUCACUGUCACCAUAUUCAAUACUGUUGAUAAUGCCACAGCCACAACAGCUACAGCGUGAACACCGGCGUCCUUCCGAACCAGAUCACGAACAACAGCUGCGAUCAUCGAUGUCAACCACGGCCAUAGGCUCUAAAUUAAAACGAUCGACUUCAUCUACAACUAACGGAUCCGCUCUUCUGUCAUUUUCUUCAACAAAGCGCGAUUAUCUCGAAAGUACUACUACUAGUAGUACCAAUCCGCUGUCACCGUCGCUAAGCUGGUCGUCCUCACAACGACGCCAAUCCGAAGAUCAGGGUAAUAACCAUCACAACAGCCACCGUCACCACCACCAACAUUCUUCCUCUGCUAUGACCACAACCAAUAAAUCCUCCUCAUCACGUCGGGGACGAACAAAGAAAUCGCAUGAACCUGUACCCGUUUCAGCUCCAACCAUGACAGCAGCACCAGCACCUGCCAUGUAUUGGUCGCGUGCAGCCACUUAUGGCCAUUCGCCACGAGGCAUUCGAGCACAUACAAGCGUCGUCAUCAAUGGCAUCAUGUAUGUCUUUGGUGGAACGGACAGUAAGGGUGGAUUUGCAAAGCUUCAUACAUUAGAUUUAGACACGUUCACUUGGUCCAGGCCAGCAGUACACGGUGAAGUACCGCCACCAUGUCGUGCUCAUAGCGCUACUGUUCAUGAGCAGGAAUCCAAAAUAUACAUGUUUGGCGGUGGCGAUGGACCGCAUUAUUUUAGUCACUUGUUCGUGCUGGAUACAAACACCAUGACGUGGACUAGAUUACAGACUACCGGUCCAAACCCAUCACCACGGCGGGCCCACGUAUCUGUUAUUUGGCAGAAUAAUUUAUACAUAUUUGGCGGUGGCGACGGCGUCCAUGCGCUCAAUGAUGUGUAUUGUUUCAACAUUAAGGAAAAUAUUUGGUCGUUGGUUGAGACAAGUGGUAUGAAGCCAACAUCCAGAGGGUAUCAUAGUGGUACACUGGUGGGCGAUAAGUUGGUCAUUUAUGGCGGAAGCGAUGGUCAUACUUGUUUCGGUGAUGUGCACUUGCUGGACUUAGUGUCAUAUCGUUGGUAUUCUGUCAACUUGGAACUUAAGGUGCCCCGGUUAUCGCAUUCUGCACUGUGCGUUGGAUCUUAUCUGUUUGUCAGCGGAGGCCACGAUGGGACGCAUUAUUGUAACGAUCUGUUGAUGCUUAAUUUCGUGACUAUGGCAUGGGAGGUACGAAGAGUGUAUGGACAGGCACCAACCGCUCGAGGAUAUCACACAAUGGUCAUAUACGACAGCAGGCUGUUCGUCUUUGGAGGAUACGAUGGAAAGCAUUACUUUGACGAUGUUUACAUAUUAGACUUAAGCAGCAAUGCUUAUUUAGUACAAGUGAAUAACUUUGCUAUAGACUUGGAUUAAAAGAUAACACUUGGAUUAAGAGAUAACAAUAAUAAAAACUGAA